GCUCCAUUUGUCUUACAUGUGAAUCUCUGUGCAGGGCACUAACCAUCAAAAAGUCUUGUUGCAACACACUCUCCUGGAGCACUUCCCUGGCCUGGGCCCAAAAAACAAACAAUGUGAGAAAGAGAAAGAGAGAGAGAAAGAGAGAGAGAGAGAAAAAGAGAGAGAGAGAGAGUUCCACAAUCUGUGCACAUGUCCCUGGAAGGAAGGAGGGAGGGAGGGAAAAAGAGGGAGGGACGGUGUCAGUUGGAUGUAGGCGGAGUGAUGGGACUCCUGAGGGAAGAAGGUGUCUCACUCACACUCCAACUCAGUCCUCAGGAGUACAACAAGUUAGCCGAAAAAAGUGCUUUGGGAAUUUCUUUGGCACAAUGGGACACUGGAGAUCAAAGUCCUUACCGUGCCGGAAUGCCAAUGCCACAAGAGCAUAAAGGGCCGGGAAUCUAGAGCCGAAAAGUUUGCUGGAAGAGCGUUCUCAGGGAGCCUCAGGCUGCGGUUCCCUGAAAAGAUGCUGAAAAUGGUUCCCACUCGAAGAGCCUCACUUCUCGGGCUGAUGGUGGCAAUGCUGAUUGUAACUGCAUGUGAGGGAGGCUUGGACAAGGACAAGGACAGCUCCCCGCUGAAAUUCACCCACCAUCUCUACAACGCUACCAUCUGGGAGAACUCUGCCCCCAAGACCUACGUGCAGAGUUCCAUCCGAAUGGGAAUCGUGGUGGUGGAUCCGUUCUGGGACAUCAAGUACAAUCUCGUUGCGGGCGACGACGAUGAACUCUUCACAGCGGAGGAGGUCAGUGUGGGAGACUUCUGUUUCCUGCGAAUUAAGACACAGAGCGGUCACUCGGCCGUGCCAAACAGAGAGGUGAGGGAUGUUUACACAAUCACCGUCGAGGCCAUCGAGAGCACCCACAACUACCAGGCAUGGACAAAGGUUUCAGUCCAAGUUCUCGACACCAAUGACCUCAAGCCCCUCUUCUACCCGGCGUCAUACAAUGUGGCAAUCAAAGAGGACACCCCGCUGAAGACGAGCAUAGUUAAAGUCAGUGCAACAGAUGCAGAUCUGGGCAUCAACGCAGACUUCUAUUACUCCUUUUCCACCAGGACCCAUCCGUUUGUGGUCGAUCCUUUCACAGGGGUCAUUACACUUGCCAAAAAGCUGAAUGCCAGUCGAAGAGACAGGUACGAGCUGAGGGUGCUGGCCGAGGACAGGACAAAGAAAAUCUUGGGAGCGCCGAAGUAUGCCAACGACGCACGGGUGAUUGUGACGGUCCAGAAGGUCACAGCCGAUUUUCCACUGGUCAUCCCAAUUUCAGUCAAGGGACCUGAAAUGGACAGUGACAAAAUCAGCAUUGAUAUUCAGGUUAAGCCUGAACCACGUCAGAUCGAGUCCUUGAGCAUUGUUUCAGGGGACCCCCAAAAGUGUUUCCAGAUUAUUCCAUCCAAUAUACAAGGCAGCGACUACCAAUUGGUCACAACCAAAAGAAUGAACUGGUCGGAGAACGCAUUUGGGCUGAAUUUAACUCUUCAAGCAACAGACAGAAGCAACCCUCCUCUUCUUAGUCCAAGACAGGAAAUACAUAUUCCCUCACCUCAAGUCACGCCGCUGAAAUUUGAACAGGACGUGUAUUAUACCACCCUGAGUGAAUUUGCCCCGGCUAAAAGUCAUGUAGUUAGAGUAACAACAAACCAGAUACUUCCAAAUAUUACAUAUCACUUGAAAAGUGGUCCAGACAGUAGUAAAUUCCACAUAAAUGCAAAAACUGGUGUAAUGAUAACAACAGAGACUCUCGACUUUGAGAAAAAGUCUCGCCAUGAGUUAAUCAUAUCCUUAAAUCAGAAUCAAGCUGAGGCUCGUGUUAUUGUUGAUGUCACUGACGAAAAUGACAACGCCCCCAUUUUCACCCUUCCAUCUUAUCAGGACAGUCUCCCCGAAAAUGUCCCCAUAGGAACCAGUGUCUUGUCCAUCACUGCCAUAGACGUCGACCAGGACAAAAACGGGUUUGUGACAUACGCCAUUGCAAACACUGGUCCUCUCCCGUUCGCCAUUGACCCAUUUACUGGUGUGGUAGUCACCACAGAGGAGCUGGACUACGAGGUCAUGAAACGCUGGUACCAUCUCCGCAUCUGGGCCUCAGACAGCGGCAGCCCCUUCAGUCACGUGAGUGAGGCGGCCGUCACCAUAACCAUGAGCAAUGUAAACGACAACGCGCCUCUGUUUGAGAUGGUGAACUGCAAUGCCUCCGUCCCUCCGGACUGGUCGGUCGGGAAAAGCAUCGGUAUGGGCUUGUCCGCUGUCGACCUGGACGAGCUGCUCCAGAUCAAGUACGCCAUUUCAUUUGGCAACAAUGACAAUCUGUUUGAGAUUGACCCCACUAGCGGGGUCAUCACACUAGCCAAACCCCUUCCUGCAGUGUCAGAUGAGAGCGAACCGCUGUCAUACAAACUGAAAAUUAUUGCAACUGACGGCAAGUAUACCGCUGACCCGACCACUGUCACUGUCAGCAUAACUAGCAAAGUCAAAGAGGCUGCUAUGCAUUGCCAGGAAACUGGAGUUUCCAAACAGCUGACAGAUAAGCUAAUUGAAUCUAUCAUGCCUGUCCUGUCCGCACAAGAAGAAGAGUCGUUCUCAGAUGUCCACAUCAUCAACCGUCACUCUCCGAAAUUUGCGCUAGGAAUGCUGAGCACCAUUGAUGUCAGGGAGGACACUCUAAUCAACACUACUGUCCUUCACAUCAAGGCCACAGACAAUGACACAGGGUUUAAUGGCAAGCUUGUCUACGCCAUCACAAAUGGAAAUGAGAAUGGGUGCUUUGCUGUGGAUAUUGACUCUGGAGAGCUGCGUCUAAUCUGUCCAUUAGACAGAGAGUCCAAGGAGUUUUACAUUCUCAAUAUAACCGUGUAUGAUCUGGGCACGCCACAGAACUCUGUGUGGAAGUUUCUGGCUGUAAAUAUUUUAGAUUUCAACGACAACCCACCACUGUUUGAGCAAUCCAGAUAUGUCAUAAACGUUCCAGAAAAUGCCGAAGUAGACUCAAGCAUCUUUCAAGCACAAGCUAUAGAUUUUGACCUGGAAGACAAUGGAAUCAUUAGAUAUUCUCUGUUGACAGAAACUGAUUUAUUUCAGAUUAAUGAGGAAACUGGUGAGGUUAGUGUCACAGGGCGACUGGACAGAGAGAUCAUACCUAGGCAUGACCUGCGGAUAGAGGCAAGAGAUCAGGCCAAAGUGGACCCUCAGCUUUUCUCACUGGUGGAUUUGGUGGUCGUGGUGGAGGAUGUCAAUGAUAAUCCUCCCAGAUUUGCUCCCAAAGUAUACAGGAUUAAGGUGCCUGAAGAUCUGCCCCUUGGCACAGUGUUGUUGUGGGUUGAGAUCUACGACCUGGAUUUAGGGUCUGGGGGGUUAAUCAGCUAUAAUCUCAAAAACAAUGAGAACGGGAUCUUCUUCCUUGACACCGCCACUGGGUCCCUGACCCUGGAGAAGGAGCUGGAUUUCGAGAGGAAGCAAAUGUAUAACCUCACCGUUCGUGCAGUUGACCACGGCCUACCCCGAUCGCUGUCCUCCUCCUGCUUCAUUGAGGUUGAGGUCCUGGACAUCAACGAAAACCUGAACAGCCCCACCUUUACAGAGUUUGUCUCCACGGCACAUGUAAUGGAGGAUGCCGCAGUGGGAACAUCUGUCUUGACCGUGACUGCUGCAGACAAGGACCUAGGCAGAGAUGGAGUUGUCAGAUACUUCAUUCAUGACGGCUCUGGUCUGGGAAUCUUCACUGUUGAUGAGGAGACAGGUGUAAUACGAACUGGGGACCUACUGGAUAGAGAGACCAUCACACACUACUGGCUGACUGUCUACGCUACAGAUUUAGGCACUGUCCCCCUGGUGUCCUGGACGGAGGUCUAUCUGGAGGUUCUGGAUAUUAACGACAACCCUCCAGAACUGUCCCAGCCCAUCUACUUCGCCUCGAUACAGGAGAAUUUGUCCCCGGACCAGUCCGUCCUACAGGUGUCUGCCACAGACAUUGACAGGUCCUCAGAGAACAAGCUGACAUACCAGAUCUUGGACUCGCAGCGCACAUACUUUUCUAUUGACUCUACAACAGGUGUGAUCAGUACCCUCGCAGCGCUGGACCGAGAGCAAAAAGCAGAGCAUAUUAUUGAGGUGAUCGUGUCAGAUAAUGGCAGCCCGCCUCUGCACUCCACCGCCUCUGUGGUCAUACAGGUGGAGGACGAGAAUGACAACAGUCCCCUUUUCAGUCACAAGAUCUUUCAAGUCAAGCUCCCGCAGCGCCAUGGCAACAACACCCCGCAGGACGUCUACAGGAUGGUGGCUCACGACAAUGAUGAGGGCCCCAACGGCAUGAUCACCUACAAUCUUCAGGACAACCAGGAGGGCCGGUUUGAGAUUGACCCAAUUACUGGAGUGGUCACUUCCAGUGGUGACUUCUCUCAAGGACAGUACACCAUCCUCACGAUUAAAGCCAGUGAUCACGGGAGUCCUGUAAAGACAUCCACGGCACGCCUGGACGUAGAAUGGCAGCCCACCCCUAAGCCCAGCACCGAGCCUCUGGCCUUCGAUGAAGCCCACUUUACCUUUGCUGUCAUGGAAACGGACCCGGUCUCGCACAUGGUGGGGAUCAUAAGUACAGAGAUCACAUCAAGUCUGCUCUGGUUUGACAUCACGGGCGGUGACGACGAUCUGGAUUUUGACAUCGAUAAGAACACGGGGAGCAUCGUUGUUGCGAGGCGUCUGGAUGCGGGGAAGAGAUCCAACUACAAUCUGACCGUGAGGGUGACGGAUGGAUCACAGGCCAUUACCACACAGGCCUACAUCCGCGUGUUAGACAUGAAUGAGCAUCGGCCGGUCUUCCAGAAGAGCCUGUACGAGGUGCGGGUCCCCGAGGACACGGCCCCCUGGAAGGAGAUCCUGCAGGUGAGCGCUCAGGACGCUGACACAAACAGCCGGCUCAUCUACUCCAUCCACGGUAGUGUCAGUCCGGACAGCGGCAGACACUUUCGGCUGGAUCCCAGGAGUGGCGUGCUGGUCAUGACCGAACAGCUGGACUUCGAGACGCUGCCGCUGCACAUACUCGUCAUUAUGGUUCGGGACCAGGAGAUCCCUGUGAAAAGAAACUUUGUGAGAGCCUUAAUCCACGUGGAGGACUGCAACGACCACACUCCGACUUUCAUGCGCUCUCGUUAUGAGGGCAGUGUUGCUAAUCUGGCCCCUGCGGGUACUGAAGUACUGCGAGUGAAGGCACUGGAUAAAGACACGGGAAGCAACGCUGAGAUAGUCUACUCACUUCACUCCGGGAAUGGUGAUGGGGCCUUUGACAUCGAUCAGGACACAGGAAGUAUAAGUGCGGCUAAGUCUUUAGAAAACCCGCUGCAGGCGCAGUAUCACCUCACCGUCAAAGCCACUGAUCAGGGCUUCCCUCAACGCAGUGACCUCUGUCCCGUAGAAGUCCACGUCACCCUCUCUGACCUGACACCCCCCCGGUUCCUCUCUGAGGAGUAUUUUGCUGAGAUUAGCGAGGCCGGUCUGCCAGGCACUCCAGUGCUCUCUGUCUCUGCGCAAAGCCCAGUGGCCCUAGAGUACAGCAUCAGAGAUGGUGAUCCUAAUGGAACUUUCCACAUCAAUGCCUACUCCGGUCUCAUCUCCAUCCAGACAGAACUGGACUUUGAGAGGUGUGCCUCGUAUCGCCUGCAAGUGCGAGCCUACACGUCAGCGGGGACCUCAUCUGAUGCGAUAGUGCACGUGUACGUUGUGGAUGAAAACGACAACCGUCCCGCUUUCCUACGUAGCAGUUACUACGGACAGAUCAGCGAGGCCGCUCACAUCAACGCCAUGGUCAUCGGAGAAAACAACACCCCUCUGGUGAUCAGAGCCAGCGACGCAGACAAGGACUCUAAUGCCCUGCUCUUUUUCCAGAUCCUGGAGCCUGGGGCCCAAAAAGUGUUCAGAGUGGACCCCAACAUGGGGACGAUUUCUCUUAUAGCCCCCGUCGACUACGAGUCUACUCCCGAGUUUCAUUUAACUAUUCAAGUAAGAGACUCAGGUGAGCCCUCGCUGUCGGCAGACACACCAGCCAAGGUUGUCAUCCGCAUCUUGGACUUUAACGAUUGCCCCCCUCAAUUCACAGCCCCCUCAUACGGCUCCUCCAUCGAAUUCCCUCUCUUCAAAGACAUGGAGGUCAUCCAGGUGGUGGCGCAUGAUGCUGAUUCGGAGGUGACAUAUAGUUUGAUUGAAGGCAAUCCAGAUAAGAACUUUGCCAUUCACCCCUCCUCUGGUGUGAUAUUUAUUAGUAACGUGUCUGACAUCCAGACUCACCAUCAGCUGAAAGUCAUGGCCUAUGAUGGCUUGUACAAAGACACAGCAACCGUCCAAGUAAAUAUCACUAACAUGACCACGUCCAAUCUUAAAUUUGAAGAACAGCUCCAGGUAGCCACUGUGUUGGAAAAUGUAACAUUUGUGAAGACUUUGGCUGUGCUUAGAGCAGUGGGUGGCUACCUAAAUGAGCCACUCGUCUACAAAGUGCUUAACGCCGGGGAUAAAUUUGCUAUCAUCGAGUCCUCUGGAGUUUUACACACCACAGGCAUUCCCUUUGAUCGCGAAGAACAGCACGAGUACGACCUGGUGGUGGAAGUGAGGGACACAAGAAACCCACCACACAGAGCAAUCACCCACGUAAAGGUUUACAUCGAUGACAUAAAUGACAACACGCCCAUUUUCCUAAAUCUGCCCCAUUCGUUGACGAUUUCAGAGGAGACUGAGCCUGGCGACGUCCUGUACCAGGUGAUGGGCAGUGAUGCAGACGUGGGUGAGAAUGGAUCAAUCAUUUUCAUGCUUGAGGAUGACUUUGAGCUCUUCAGGAUAGACCCUUAUCUCGGAGACGUGUCUCUUCAGCGGCCCCUGGACUUUGAGUCUCUGAAUAAAUAUGCUCUCACUGUGCUGGCGUCCGACGAGGGAGAACCAAGUUACAGUGCAGUGGCGGAACUUUACAUUCAAGUGAGGAACCGCUCUCACCCUGUAUUCCAGAGCCAGUUCUACCCGCUGAAAUUGCCGGAGAACAUAUCGCCCUUCACUACUAUUUUGCACGCUCAGGCGCGCAAUCCUGAGGGCUAUCGCCUAAUCUAUAACCUGGAGGAGGAAAAUGCCACCAAGAACUUCCACAUCGACUUCAAGACGGGGGUGCUGAGCGUCACUGACUUUCUGGACUAUGAGACGCAAGCAAUGCACCUGCUCACAGUGCGAGCGACAGACUCAGUGAUGGGCUCUUUCGCCGAGGCCAAAGUGGAAAUCGAGGUGGAGGACGUGAACGACAAUGCCCCUGUGUUUCGGAAACACAUGUAUGAAACGCACUUGCUAGAGGGGCUCCCAGCAGGAACCUCUGUGUUACAGAUCACUGCCACAGAUGAGGACUCGGGGAGAAAUAAGGAAAUCACCUACGAGUUACUGGACACAGGCAAAAACGAGACAGACUUUUUUGAGAUUGAUGCACAGAGUGGCCUCCUGGUAGCAUCACAGGAGCUGGACUUCGAGGCUACUCAGCAGUUCCUUCUGAAAGUCAAAGCGACAGAUAGCGGCUCCCCAGCACUUAGCAGUGAGGCCUACAUCCUUGUCAACGUGACCGAUGUCAAUGACAACCCGCCUGACUUCACCAAGACCCAUUACAGUGCCUCUCUGGAUAAAAUGGCCACCUGUGGUCACAUAGUGGUCAAAAUUCAGGCCUUGGAUCCAGACAGCACAGACCUCCAGUACAAGAUUCUCUCAGGGAAUGAGAACAGGUACUUUUCCAUCAACGAAUCAUCAGGUGUCAUCUCUUUCUCCAACAUCUGCAAAAGAAACUUGGACCCUUUUUACAACCUCACAGUGGCUGUAUCGGACGGUGUGUUUCAAAAAACAGCCCCUGUUAACAUUGACAUGAUUCACAGCAACAGCCACAGUCCCCAUUUCAGCCAGAACAUAUAUGAGGCAGAGCUUGCGGAAAAUGCAGCGGCAGGAACUCGUGUAAUCCGACUGGCAGCAAUUGAUCCAGAUGAUGGACCUUAUGGCAGUGUGGACUACACUAUUAUUAAUAAGCUUGCAGAUGAGACCUUCUCCAUAGACCAGGAGGGACAAAUAGUGACAUCUCUGCCAUUAGACAGAGAAAACCCUUUGCAGAGAGUGAUUGCUAUUAAAGUAAUGGCCAAAGAUGGAGGAGGGAGAGUGGCUUUUUGCACGGUGAAGAUAAUUCUGACAGAUGAGAAUGACAAUCCCCCGCAGUUCAAAGCCUCAGAAUACCAGGUCUCCAUUCAGUCCACUGUCAAUAAAGGGGCCCCUGUCAUUCAGAUAAUGGCAUACGACGCUGACGAUGGCAAGAAUGCGGAUGUCACCUACACCAUUGAUGAAGCAGAGGAGGUGACAGAGGAUGUGAUCGAGAUCAAUCCCUUCACAGGGAUUGUCACCGUCAAAGAGAGCCUGGUUGAUCUGGAGAACAAAAUAUUCAACUUUAAAGUGAAAGCGCGAGAUGGUGGUACGCCAUUUUAUAACUCCACGGUGCCAGUGCAGGUGAAAGUGCUACCACCUGAGCUGCCCUUGCCACAGUUCACAGAGCCACUGUACACUUUCACAGCAUCUGAAGAUCUUCCCAUGGGAACAGAGGUUGGGACGGUGCGAGCCGAGGGUGACGUGCCACUAAUAUACAGCUUGGUGGAGGGCAACACAAUUGAGAGUAACAAGGACCACGUGUUUGCUGUGGAUGAAGAGAGUGGCAUCUUGGUGGUUCAAAAGAGUAUCGACCACGAGAGGACCAAGUGGUACCAGAUCGACGUUGUGGCACAAGGGAACCACAACGGCACCGAUGUGGCCUCCCUGGUGUCCGUUAGCAUCCAGGUCCAGGAUGUUAAUGACAACGAGCCCACGUUUGAAGCCGACCCGUACCAGGCCUUCCUGGCAGAGAAUAUGCCAGCAGGGACCACGGUCAUCCAGGUGACCGCCAACGACCCAGACACGGGUGACAACGGGCAGGUGACCUACAGAGUGGAGCCGGAGGACAUGGGUGACAUCUUCACCAUCGAGAGCGAGAGCGGCUGGAUCACCACCCUGAGGGAGAUGGACUGCGAGAGUACGCAGAUGUACCGCUUUUACGUGGUGGCCACCGAUCACGGUGGCAAGGUCAAGCUGUCCUCCUCUGCCCUGGUGGAGGUGAUGAUCACGGAUGACAACGACAAUCCGCCGCAGUUUACCGAGGAGCUCUACCAGGGCUCAGUCAUGGAGAACAGCCGACCCGGGGAAGUCAUUGCGACGCUGACUACUACCGAUCUGGAUGUGACCUCAGAGAACCGCCAGGUCACAUGUUACAUAACAGAUGGAGAUCCACUCGGCCUGUUUUCCGUCGAGCUGGCUGACGAGGAGUGGAGGGUCGUCCUGAAAGGCCCUCUGGACAGGGAAGCCAAAGACAAACACAGCAUACGGGUAGUCGCCACAGAUGGUAGAUCUCAGGACACCGCCACCGUGGACGUCCACGUUCUCGACAUCAAUGACAACAGCCCUUUGUGCGAGCAGUUGCUCUACACUGAGGCCGUUAUGGAGAACUCCCCGUCGGGCCGUUUCAUUCUAAAAGUGUCGGCAUCCGACCCAGACAUCGGCACCAACGGGCAGAUCUCCUUCACCCUUCACGGUCACAAUGCUGACAAGUUCCACCUGAACCAGAGGACAGGGGAGCUGUUCACCCUAGCUGUGUUGGACCGGGAGCACGAGUCCGGGUAUGACCUGGUGGUGAAAGCCACGGACGGUGGCGGGCGUUCUUGUCAGGCCGACAUCGUGCUCAUGGUGCAGGACAUGAACGACAACCCACCCCACUUCUCCAGCAGCCACUACGAGGUCACCGUGUUUGACAACACUACCGUCAGGACACCUGUUGCUGUAAUCUACGCAAAAGACCCAGAUACAGGUAUAAACUCCGAGGUGAGGUAUUCCCUCCAGGGACCAGAUAGUAGCUUCUUCUCCCUGGACGAGACCUCAGGAGUCCUUCGCCUGGAGAGGCCCCUGACGGACGAGGCUCAGACGACCUUCGAGCUGAAGGUCAAAGCCACUGAUCGCGGCCUGCCACGCCACCUGAAUUCUUUCUCCACGGUAACGGUGACCGUGGUGGACCUCAGUGACUACCAACCAGUGUUCGUCAGCUCGGAGUACAGCACCUCAAUCCCAGAAUCCAUAGCUGUGGGGACAGAGGUUCUCAGUGUGUCCGCCGGCACAAGAGACGGCGUGAGCAGCGAACCGAUCGUGUACACCAUCGUUGCUGGGAACGAUGGUGGUAGAUUCCAGAUUAACCCUCAGACAGGUGUGCUGUGGGUGAGUGCUUCCCUGGACUUCGAGCUGAGCCGCGAGUACUACCUGUCAGUGGAGGGUUCCAGAGGCCGGUCCUCGCUCAGCGACGUCACCAUGGUGAUUAUCAACAUCACUGACGUCAACGACAAUGCACCGGCCUUCGCCCGCACCGACUACGCCACGGAGGUCUCGGAGGACGUCGCCCCCGGAGACGUGGUGAUGCAGGUUACGGCCCGCGACCUUGACAGCCCUUUGAACAGCCUGGUGCGCUACUUCAUCGCCAGCGGCGACCCUCAGCAUCAGUUCAGCAUCGAUCCGCACAGCGGGGAGAUCCGAGCACAGGCCACACUGGAUCGGGAGGAGAUUCCCCACUAUUCGCUGACUGUGCUGGCCACGGAUGAUGGACACCCUCCUCUGUCUUCCGCAGUCCAGGUGACGGUAACCGUGUCGGACGUCAACGACAAUCCACCUAUGUUCUCUCGGGUCAACUACAACCUCACGCUUCAGGAGGGAGAGCCAGUAGGCAGCAGUGUCCUACAGCUGGUGGUCACAGACAAGGACACACCCAAGAACGGCAAUCCCUUCUCCUUCCACAUCGUCUCGGGCAACGAGGGCCGGCGCUUCCACAUCGACCAGGGGGGCCUGCUGUCUCUCGCUGGUCCCCUGAAGAAGAAGACCAAGGCCCACCACCUGCUCAAAGUACAGGUUACCGACAGUGGCCACCCCCCUCUGUCCUCCAUCUGCGUGGUGAAAAUCGACGUGACGGAGCAGAGUAAAUACCCUCCGGUGGUGUCCCCUCUCGAGGUCUUCAUCACCACCGCCGAGGCCACCUUCUCCAGCCGCGUCAUCGGCAAACUCCACGCCUCCGACCAGGACCUCCACGACGUGCUGACCUUCCAGCUGGUGUCCGUGUCCCCCGCGAGCAGCCGCUUCUCUGUGGACUCCUCAGAUGGGAAGGUAGUGGCCGAGGAGGAUCUGGAGCCCGGUGCCUACACGCUGAACGUGAGCGUGUCCGACGGGAGCUUCAGCGCCUGGGCGGCGGUGCGGGUGAACGUGUGGGCGGCCAGCCAGCGGGCUCUGGACCACGGCUUCAGCCUGCGGCUCGCCGGCCUCUCCCCCGAGGAGUUCCUGGGCGACCACUGGAGAGGCCUGCAGAGGAGCCUGAGCACGGCGCUGGACCUCCCCAGGCACGAGCUCCACAUCGCCAGCUUGCAGCAGGAACCCAACUCCCUGGUCCUGGACGUGUUGCUCCUAUGGCGACCACAGGACGGGGGCGGAGGCGGAGGAGGAGGAGGAGGAGGGAGCGGGCUGACCCAGCGUCUGGCAGGGGCGGUGGCGAACGCGGAGGCGGCGCUGGGUCUGAGCGUGCUGCGUCUGCACCAUGAUGGCUGCCUGGAGCCCGGGUGCCCCCCGCGGGGAUGCAGGAGCUCGGUGCUCAUGAGCGAGGAGAGGCUUAGCCACUACGCCACGGCCAGAAUGGGCUUCAUCACGCCACACCACCACUGGGAGAGCGUCUGCUCCUGUAAUGAUUCGGCGAUUCAGUUUGAUGGCCACGGCUACCUGAAAUACCUGUAUCAAGCCGACGAGCAGGUGCAACAGUUCCAUCUGUCUCUGCGUAUCAAGACAUUUCAGAGAGAAGCUGUCAUCAUGGCCACUAAUGGCUCGGACUGGGGAACCUUAAAGCUGGAGGAUGGAGAGCUGCGGUUCCGGUACAGUUGCGGCAACCAGCUCCCCGGCACCCUCCACAUGAGUGGGUACCACGUGUCUGACGGCCGCUGGCACCGCGUCCGCCUGGACGUCAAUGGCACGUCCCUAAGGCUCAGCGUCGACGGUAACAGCCAUGCGCCGCCCACCCACGCCACGCUCCUGGAACCCUGCCGGCUGGUGAGGCCCCGCGGAGCCCUGCUAUUGGCCACUGCUGCCGGAUCGGAGUCCCAGCUGGAGCAGCAGCGCGGGGGGCCGCAGGGCCUCAGGGGAUGCCUGGAGGGAGUGGAGUUCAACGGGGAGGCCGUGAGGAGAGCCGAGGCCCAGCUGGGGUCCAGCUCCGGGCCCGGGGGGAACCGCGUGUUCGGGAUCUACCAGUGCUGCUCGGCGGAGGGAGGAUGUGCCAGUCAGCCCUGUGAGAACGGAGGCUCCUGUGAGGAGGGCGACGGCGGAGACAUCCGCUGCAGCUGUCCAGGACGCUUCUUUGGCUCGCGGUGUGAGCUGGCAGACAACCCCUGUGCCUCCCAGCCCUGCAGCCACGGCAGCAAGUGUGUGCCAAAGCUGCAAGGUUACUUCUGCAACUGCACCCAGAACAGCGAGGGAAGCAGGUGUCAGAACCUGGUGGACCCGUGCUCUCCAAACCCUUGUCCCAGUGGGUUUGACUGUAAGAGAGCGGAUAGGUCCUUCCACUGCGACCCGCUGCCCCUGGUGUCUCUCGGCAUCACUUACCUGGAGAUGGUGGAGAUCGUGGGGGGCAUCCUUGCCCUCUUCAUGCUGGUGGCGGCGUUCGUGUACCUGCGUAAGCGCUACGUCAAGCAGAGGAAGCACAAGCCCAUCUGCGUGCAGGACUCCAACGGCUACUUCCCACCGCACCUCACGAAGAGCAUGAUGGCGGCCGACGGGGAGCACACGCCUCCCAUGGAGAUGAGCACUCUGAUUGGCUCGAGGAGCGACCUGGACCAUAGCCCCUUCCGCACACUGAAGCAGCUCAGCGCCAAGCCGCAGGGGCCAGUGGUGUGCAGCGUGGCCCCCAACCUGCCGAAGCCCACGCCCCCUCCCUCCACCUCAGACAACGAGUCCAUCGUCAAAAACAACAACUGGGAACUCAGCUAUGAAGUCUACCCAGCCGACCCAGAUUACUUCGGCCGCCCCGCGGUCCAGGAGUUCCCGCAGUUCGACAUUGUGGAGAACACCUACCCGGCGUCAACGUCUACCGACUCGCGGCGCGACUCACGGCGCAACUCGCGCUUCGGGGGCUUUCCGUUCCCGCUGGAUCGCGGCGGUGGGGGGGACCGGCGUGCCCCCCUCCCACCCUGCUACAGCAACCAGAAUCUAGAUGACUUCCUGGGCCCCGACGGACUGCCCCUGCCCAGCCACCAGUGCCCCAACGAGUACACGGCCAUCAGCUACUACCCGGCGCAGCACGCACGCAGCAUGGACAACGUCUCCGGCAACGACGGCGGCACCUACCAGCGCCUCGGCAUGCGCCUCAGUGUGGCGCAGCCAUCCUACGCCGACUGCCGAGACGCCGCCCCUCAACCGCCACGGUCGCGGCAGGCUGCGCCCCAGCCACCACGGCACUCGCGCCACGGCGGCCGACGUAGCUACGCCGGCUCGGACAUGGUGGAGAGCGACUACGGCAGCUCCGAGGAGGUCAUGUUCUGAAGGAGGUCGCGGAUGUCAAGUUUAAAGGUCGUGAUGUUUGACUUUGCAUCUAAAACGACCUGCUAGUGGCCUAAAUAGUUUGCCAACAAUGUAUUAAGGGUGCCCUUAAAGCCUGGCAUAUUGAGACUACAGGACAGUACAGUUCAGACUACAGUCUCCAAUGACCACUGAUGCCGUACAACUUCCCAGAAUUGUUGCAAACAUCUGUCAUUCCCCUAGUUUUGCUUCAUGUCUGAACAUGCAGGAAGGACACAUGGCACACUACAAGGUCGAUCUUGUGCUUUUGGAUGCUGAACAUGUUUAUUAAGGAUCUAAGAGGCCUAGAUGGUCUUUUGAUCCUAAAAAAAGUCCUGCCAAUCUUUUAGCUACCAGUCUGCACUGCACUGAAAAUCCCAAGUGGAAGUGGGCCUCAAAGCUGGGAUCCCGCUGGACUAUCCAUGCUGAACACUGAACAGUAUUAUUAUAAAGUGUCUUUAUUCAAGUCACAGACAGCAACCAACUGACUGCUUUGACUGCACCACAGGAUCAGACCAAGCUCUCAAGAGUCAGCUCACAGUGAUGUUGAAAGUUUGUUGUAUUCCAUCCAUCCCUCCCUCCCCUCCCCUCUACUCGCAAUCACCUCAACCCCCUCCCUCCACCCAUAUUCCUGGAGUGCGCUCUCUCUGUUUUUCCUGACAGGAAAUCUGGUCCUAUUUUGCUUUUUAUUGUCUCUGCUUGUCCUCCUGUAUUCUCUCUCUAUCUCUCUCUCUCUGCCUCCACUGACACCCCAGCAACAAAUAACUACAACUACAAAAAAAAAACAAGCUGUGUUUUGAUGAAGGCCGAGCAACCACCACACACAUCAAAUGUAAUCACCACAGAGAGUUCAGAGAUGCAGGAGUCACAGAGUGGAGAGGGAUGAGAGUCAGACGAUCAAACCCUGUUUCAUCAGGGCGUCACAUUAACUUGCAAAGUGCUGUGGGAGGGUGAGGGUCUGUGUGUGUGUGUGUGUGUGUGUGUCCUGAUAGCUCUUUUAUAAAAUUAAAAAAAGUUUUUAGAGCUCUGCUAAUCAUCUAGAAAUGCAACGCCACACUGCAUAAUCUCCCCCAUUAUUUAAAAAGAGCUCCACUUCCCCAGAGGUGCCUACCCAUCUGUGUAUGUCAAAGUCAUUCAAUUUCAGUCUGUGGGGGCAGGCCCCUCACUAUAAGGAGUGGGAAUGCACACAUUGGUUAAAGAAAACUGAAUUGAAUGUAGCAUAUACGAUUGUGUGGUUGAUGGGCGGUGAGAAGGAGCAGUACCGGGAUGGGGUGGGGGGGUAGCAGAUGUGCUUAAAAUGUUCACUUAAAGAUGUUAGGAGUCUCUAAAGACAUGCACUGAUGUUUGGUCACACACUGGAGGGGACCCUAUCCCACUGAACUGGGUCCCUUUCGCUGAAUAAACUCGCUUUUACCAUCGCCAGCAGUCAAAAUAGAAUGAGGUCAUAUAAAGUCUAAUGUUUAAUGUUUCCGUUGUGCCUGUUCAAAUGAACAAGCCAACGUGAAACAGGGAGUUGAUGUUUCGCAGAGAGAUCAGCUCUUCUGAGCACUAAUGUGUGGAGAGAGAACUGUAAAGAAAAGAUUCCACCUCCCCUCUGUUCUCUUCGCUUUUAAACAACAGUCAGCUUAAUAUGACAGCUUAAGGAAAGUCCGUAAAGAAGCACCUAAGUAUGUGCUGCUCUAUUACAAGUUUCAAAAUCAUUCCAAAAAAUGUCCUUUGCUGACUCUUAAAACUACACCAACUACAUUCCCUCUCAGCUUUUCAGCAUGUAGCAGUAGUUACACACUGAUUUUCAUAUGGUUGAGGUGUGUGAGUGAAUGUGAAUUUCCUCUUUGGUAUGUUUGGUAUGUUACAUCUCAACUAUGUGCUUUGUGAUUAGUGACCGUACGGUUAGUUAAUGCAUGCACUGUUUCAUGUGGACGCCACAGCCCCUUUCUUUCUGGGCCGUCUUCAACGAGCGAGGUCCAUUGACUUAACACGGAGUCUGGCAGCACAGUAGUGUGAUUACACACCUAGCCCUCCUGAAUAAAGACAUGGUUUGUGUGCGGAGGUUGAAAUUUUGAAGUGUUGUGUCAUUGAUUGUGUAAAGGGCAGCUCCUAAUCGGGCUGUUUGGCUUUAUAAGCUGUGGUUGGAUCACAGUGUUUUGUUCUCUGUUGUGGAGAGUUGUUCCUGUAUGGGUUUAUAUGUGUAUGCGCGUAACAUGUGCCAGUCCAGUGAAUUCAACAGAAUGUAAAAAACAAUAUAUAUAUGUAAAGUAUAUAUAAAUAAAUAUAUUUGAUUUUGAAAAA